UUUUGCCUGCGUCCCUGCACAUGGGCUGCCGAAUGCACUGAGCGGGCUGCAGCGGACCAAGAGCUGGGAGCCGGAGCCGUAGCAGCAGCAGCCUCGGGGAGGGGGGGUGGGGGUGGGAAGCACGCACGGCCUCGGGCUUUUGGGGCGCGGGCGCCCAGGCUAUGCUGUGCAUUUUUAAAAUUUUCCAGUCCUCUCCGCUGUUUUUGCAAUUUUCGACCUAACUAACAUUUUGCAAGAGGAGGGGGUGUGAGGAGGGUCUUGUAGGAGCCCGUCUUGCACUUCGGCCGCUUGCCGAGGACCAGCUAUUUCCCGAAACUUCUGUAUUUUUCAUUUUUGUGUGUUUGUCUAUGCACUUGAAUAUAUAUUAGCAUAAUUUCCCUUACACUCCCCAGGCUUCCCCACCGCCUGGGAGGAGGACACGUUACCAGAGGGAGGAAAAACAAACUGGGAUUGGGGGAUUGGGCGGGGGGAGGGGGAGGUUUAUUCUUUUUUUUUGCAAAGAGAAAAGAGAAGAAAAGAAAAAAAAACACCUAGUACACCGAGAUGGAGAAAAUGUCCCGCCCGCUCCCCCUGAACCCCACGUUCAUCCCUCCCACUUACGGCGUGCUCAAGUCCCUGCUGGAGAACCCCCUGAAGCUGCCCCUGCACCCCGAAGACGCAUUUGGUAAAGAAAAAGACAAGAAGAAGCUGGAUGAUGACAACAGUAGCCCUAUGGUCCCCCAGUCUGCUUUCUUGGGGCCCACCUUGUGGGACAAAACCCUACCCUAUGACGGAGAUACUUUCCAGUUGGAAUAUAUGGACUUGGAAGAAUUCUUGUCGGAAAAUGGCAUCCCCCCCAGCCCCUCUCAGCAUGACCACAGCCCCCACCCCCCUGGGCUACAGCCAGCAACCUCAUCGGCUCCCUCUGUCAUGGACCUCAGCAGCCGGGCCUCCACCUCAGUGCACCCCAGCAUCUCCUCUCAGAACUGCCUGCAGAGCCCCAUCAGACCAGGUCAGAUAUUAUCCACAAACCGCAACACGCCAAGUCCCAUUGACCCUGAGACCAUCCAGGUCCCCGUGGGUUAUGAACCGGACCCAGCUGACUUGGCUCUGUCCAGCAUCCCUGGCCAGGAAAUGUUUGACCCUCGAAAACGCAAGUUCUCAGAGGAGGAGCUCAAGCCACAGCCCAUGAUAAAGAAAGCUCGCAAAGUCUUCAUCCCUGAAGAUCUGAAGCAGGACGACAAAUACUGGGCAAGACGUAGAAAGAACAACAUGGCUGCCAAGCGCUCCCGAGACGCCCGGAGGCUGAAGGAGAAUCAGAUUGCCAUACGGGCAUCAUUCCUGGAGAAAGAGAACUCGGCCCUCCGUCAGGAGGUGGCUGACUUGCGGAAGGAGUUGGGUAAAUGCAAGAACAUACUUGCCAAGUAUGAGGCCAGGCACGGCCCCCUGUAGGAUGGCAUUUUUAUGGGUUGGCAUUUGAAUAGAUGGACAGUUUCCUGUUUGAUAACAUCACAUCCAAACCAACCUUGCUGUCAUCAGCACUUUACUAGAAGCAUCGACAAAAACUGACUUGUGUGUGCGUGUGUGUACGUGUGUGUAUUUGUAUGUAUGUGAUGUGUGUGUGUCUGUGUGCACUCACGGGCACAUACAUUGUAUGCACCAAGGUGGGAGAAUAAGUACAGGUGCAUUUUCCAUUUUUAUGAAGCACCUUCCUUAUCCCCCUCUCCUUUCACCUCUGACUUUUCAUUUAGUUUUUUUUAAAAAGUGCCACAUUUUUACUUGGACUAUUGAGAACGAUGGUGGCUAUUCUCUCUCUCCUUUGUCUCCUGCAUCCUGACCCUCUCAGCCCCCCAGUCAGUGCUGCUUAAGUCCUUUAUUACUCUUUUGACCCUUUUCCUUGGAUUUAGACAGAAUGAUCCCAGUUUAAAAAAAAAAAAGUAGAUCUCAGUUUUUAAGAGUACAAGCUAUUGUUUAUGUUUAAUCAAACGUUAACAUGCUAAUAAGGUGCACAGAAUAACUUAGUGCUACACUGCAGAAAUAUUAAUUUAGAGAUUGCUUUCCUCAUCUUUUUAAAUUCUGGUGAUACUUGUCUACAGAUCUCAAGUGUUGUUUAGAUUCAUUAGGGCCCCCAUAUUUACUUAUCCUAUCUGCUAAGUUUCCUUUCAAGUCUCCAAGCCCCAGCUAUGUAAGAGCACCAUUACUAGGGAAACACAGAGUGUUUUUUGCACUGUCUGUACCUAAAGCAAUAACCUUGUUGUAUGCUAGAGCAUGCUGCCUGAGUCUUACUAGUGGACGUAGGAUCAUUCCCUACCUGAGAGUUUCAUUGUCUUAAAAAAAGAAAAAAGAAAAAAAAAAGAAAGUGAUGCAUUUUGAGCAUGCCCAGAACAUCCCCAGAUAGGAGAGGCAGAGGAAGAUGCUGGGUCUAUGAGAAGAUGGGCUAUUCAUUGAUACCAGAGCCAAAUAACAAGUCUCACUCUCAUCAGCUUUUGACACCAAAAGGAGUUUAAUUGUGUUGCACCCUGCCCCCACCCCAAAUUUCAUUUGGCAUUUUUCUCCCCUUGUCCUAGUUGAAGAUGACAGAUAUCCAGAACAUAGUUCACUGCUUUCAGAUUUUUUUUCACUUUUGUAAAAUAUAUAUACAUAUAUAUUUUUUGUGAAAACUCUUGCUGUUUCUAAAAAUGAUUUUAAUUAAGUUAGUAAAUUAGAUGUUUUUUAAAGCCCUGCCCCUUUUUCUUCUCUACCCUGGUGUUGUCUUGAAAUUAUUCGUGAAAUAAUAAUGAUUCUGGAAUUUCCUUUAUUGCUUUAUUGCUGUUUGCUUUUGGAUGUAAGUUCUGUUAUAAAGUGGACUUCUGAAAAAAAAAAUGAAUGUAAAGACACUGGUGUAUCUCAGAAGGGGAUGAUGUUGUCAUAAACUGUGGUUAAUCCAAUCGAUUUGAAUGUUUACUCUAGACCAAAAGGGGAAAUUAUUAAAAAAAAUUGUUUAAUGUUUAUACAGAGUAAUUAUAGGAAGGUUUUUUUUGUACAGUAUUUUUCAAAUACAAAUACUGACCAUGUAUUUUGAAAGACAUAUAUUAUAUAUAGCAAAGAGAAAAGGAAAAAAAGUUAUUCCAUGUUUUAAAAUUAUAUAGCAAAGAUAUAUAUAUAUAUAUAUAUUCACCAUUAUUGUACAGAGAAGGAAUGCUUUGGGGUUUUUGAAAUCUUUACUAUUUCAAGCCAAUCACUGACACAUCAGCAUGUUUUCUGCUGUAAAAGAAAAUUUUAUGACAGUACUGAGACUUGCCACAAUGCUUCAUGCUUAUAAAUACAUAAGGAACUUUCGUAUUUUCUUUUAGGACUUAAAAAGUAAGUCAGUCAAAAUCACCCAGAAGCACAAAAUGGAUUUUAGUCAAAUAUUUAUUGAACGAUAACAGUAUUUUUUAGGAAAAGCAUCUGCCACAAAAUUUUCAUGUUCACUCUAGAAUGACAUAUUGCUAGGAUGGGUUUCCUGCUGCAAGUCUUUGGAACAGCCCCAUGCUCCCUUUUGCAGACACAAGUCUCAAAUACGGUGUUGAAAUGUGGGGUGAAUAUUGGUGCUAAGUGUUUGGUCCGUAAUUCGCUAGAUGUUUCUCCUUUAACAAAGAUUGUUCCUUGUUUCACUGGAGUAUAUUAUGUCAACAGACUGCAAUGUUACUAAAAAAAAAAGAUGGAGCAUUUUGUUCUAGAUUAAAUAUUUCUUUUCUUCAAUGAGAUUUUCUAAUUUCCUGACUCCAGAGUACCCAGUCCUCACUAUCAGCCCUUUAGUAAAGUCUGUUAGUAGCAUCUUUGUGAAUGUGGCAAAACUGAUAAACUGGCAUUAACUCUGUCCCCUAACAACAACUCAUAGAGGGAGAUGGGUAAGGGGGUAGAGUGGAAAUCCAUGUCAGCUAGCAUUGAAAAGUUGGCUUCCCAAAGGUAGACUGGAAUGAGAUAGGAUAUCAGUUCAAACUCAAAUGAUUAUGAACUUGGAUUUUUUGGAGGCAGUGGUUAAUUGCAGUGGAAUUGGUAAUUGACAUAUUCUUAAUGAUAUGGGUACAUUUAAAUAGCCAUAAUUAACAGUUGUGAAGUCAGUGACAGAAAUUAUAUCUUGCAAGUGGAAAAGUGUUGGUGGAUUGCAUUUUGGACCAUCCUAGCUCAUCAAGUAUAAAAAGGCAGCUGAGCAAACAACAUUGAUCUUUCUUGGAAUGGGCUUGUUUGUAAGGAAUGAACAUCACAGAUGUUUUCUGUGGAAAAGGAAAAAAAAAUAACCCACCACAUUCUUUCUGUUGUGUGCCAGGAGAGGUUUAAAGCAGCUACCUCGUCUUUACAAGUUAAAUACUUCUGAGUCUGCACAGGUGCCUUAUAUCUGUUGCGCUCUCUCUCUCUCUCUCUCUCUCUCUCUCUCUCUCUCUCUCUCUCUCUCUCUCUCUCUCUCUCACUCUCUCUCUCUCUCUCCCCCCCCUUCCCUCCCCCUCUCCCCUUCCCUCCCUCUCUCUCCUUCCCUCCCUCUCUCUCUCUCUCCCCCCUUUUCUUUCCUCUCUUUACCUCUCUCUUUCUCAUUCUUCUGUCUCUCCUCUCUCUUCUUGCUCCCCCCUUCCCCCUCCCCCCUUUCCCUUCACCUGCUUGCCCCCCACACACUUGAGCUAGUCAUACCAGGAAGGUUAAUAGUUCUGGUCAUUGAAGUGGAAGUAAUCUCAUGCUUUGACUUGGUGAGAUCUGGAACAAACAAGAGAGAGAAAUUCAGUCCAGUCACCCUUAGAAUAAUGUUGAUUGAACAUUGUUCUAUUAUAAAAGUCACAUUGUCACUUUCAUCCAUCAUUAUAAACACCUUCCAGGGAUUAAUUGCCAUUAAAAGUGGAUUUCAAAGAUCACAUCACCUCCAUAGGAAUUGAGUUGAAACUUGAAACAGGAGUUUAUAAACUAGAAACUUGCUGGCAUCCACAUUUGACAAUUCUUUUUGACUAGACUUGCAGAGAAGUCUCAAAAGUUUAUCAUCAGCCAGAUCAAGUUAAGCAGCCCACUCUCUCACUAAGGGAUGUUGAUGGAUAACAAUAAAUUCCUUCAACAAGUAAAUACUCUUCAUUCUAUUUCUGUGGCUUCUUUUGGCCCAUGACCAGAUAGAGAUAGAUCAACUAUGAAUGGAGCUAACAGUGCAGAAUAAUAGGAAUUCCCUCAAGUAAGAACUUUUACUGUGGAUCUCAUCAGUCUUCCAGGGUUUGGAUGGAUUAAAAUCUGCAUUGGUGGAGGAAAUACUUCUUCCUUCAAGGCUGUAGUGUACUUUAAAUAUUAUUUAUGAGAGGGAUAACAUUAUUGCUUAUUAGGCAAUACCAUAAGAGGUGGGAUUUUGCCCCCCGUACAGGGAGAACCCAGCAUCAGAGAUCUAAGACUUCAACUGGGUGAUGGCAGGACUGAGUCCAGGCUAAGUGGCCAGCUCUCAAGUGGUCCUCACUCUCUUCCUUGAAUCUUGCCACCUCCCCACUAUGACUUUUCCACUCCUACAUUUCCAUAAAGCCUGAGGUCCCUGCUAAGUUCUUCUCUCUGCAACUGGGAGUGAAUUGAAAGUCAACAGAAACAAGUCUUGCCGUAGGCUUGGUGGCUUAUAUUUGACUGGUAAGAUGAGUGCCCUUUUGUUCUUUUACAUUUCUUCUUUUGUGAUACUUAAGGACACUGGGACCUUUCAUUUGAGACCACCAGACCAAACUUUAUCCAGUGAACAACCAUUGUAAUUUUGGGGAACACCACAAGAUUGUAUCUGUUAAAAAAAACUUGCAUUCACCUAGGCGAUCUGCUGAAAAUUGUGCGUCAUGAUACAGGAUUGCAUCAUAUAUGUUGUUCAACCCAAACUUUUGUCUGUUAAUUCUUAAUGUUUAAUAAACUUUGAACAUUUGUCUUCUC